GUCGCCUGCUGCAGCAGCGCCUACUAACGACUCCUCGCUACCCGAAGGACCGGUAGGAACGACAUCCGGCACUGGACACACACGAAAAGAAGAAGAUGAAGAAGAAAAUGAAAUGCAGCAGCAAAGUGAUGAAACACAAGUCCAACAACAUCAACAGCAUGAACACCCCGCGGAAAGUGGCGAAGAAUCCGCGAAAGAUAAAAACGCCCUUCGUACAAAUGCCACCGCAAAUACAGGCGACAGUGACAGCAGCACCGCGUUCUCCCACACCGCCUCCCCUCUUUUGCCUCUUCUUCUUGUUGUUGCGUGUGCGGCUGCUGCUGCGGUGGUGGCCGCGUGA